AUGAAGUCGUUCUUCAACUUCCUCCUGGCUGUGCCAGCAGUUCUUGCCGCUCCUCAGAUCAACCGUCGCCAGGAUGAGAACACUGUGCCCGGCAAAUGGAUUGCCCAGAUCAACGAGGACUCUCCUCUUGCCAGCGCUCUGUCGACUAUCCAGACCCUUGCUGGAAUCGAGGCCAAGCAUCAGUACGAGAUUGGCUCGUUCAAGGGCUUCUCCUUCGACGGCGACGAUGGUGUCCUAGACAUCCUUGAGACGAUCGGUGCCAUCAAGUCCGUCGAGCCAGACCGAAAGGUCUACGCCAGCGCCCCUGUCCCAGCGGCUGAGAUCGACGCUCGCGCUCUCGUUCAGCAGAGCCCAACGACUUGGGGUCUUGCUCGUAUCUCUCACCGCGCUCGUGGUGCCAACAACUACAUCUACGACAACACUGCUGGGGCUGGCAGCUACAUCUACGUUGUCGAUACUGGAGUCUACACUGGCCACCAAGACUUUGGAGGCCGUGCUUCUGCAGGUGCCAACUUCGUCGAGGGCGAGAGUGCUACUGAUGGCAACGGCCACGGUACCCACUGCGCUGGUACUACUGGCUCUACCACUUAUGGUGUUGCCAAGCGCGCCAACAUCAUUGGUGUCAAGGUUCUCGGCAGCGAUGGCUCUGGAUACAACUCCGAUGUGAUUGCCGGCAUCAACUGGGCUGUCAGCAACGCCCAGCAGAACAACCGCAUCUCGCGCUCAGUCAUCUCCAUGUCCCUCGGCGGAGCUUAUGAUCCCCAGUCGAACAACGCCGUUGCUCAGGCCACCGCUGCCGGCAUGUUCGUUGCCGUCGCUGCUGGCAACGAUGGCAAGGAUGCCUCCAACUACUCCCCAGCCUCUGAGCGAUCUGCCUGCACCGUCGGUGCCACCGAUAUCAAUGACAACCGUGCCAGCUUCUCUAACUUCGGCUCCAUCGUCGACAUCUUCGCCCCAGGUGUCAACAUUCAGUCUACUUGGAUUGGCAGCUCCACUGCUACCAAUACCAUCUCCGGCACCUCGAUGGCCACUCCUCACAUUGCUGGUCUUGCCGCUUACCUGCUGGCUCUUGAGGGCACCCGCUCCCCCGCUGCUCUCUGCUCCCGCAUUCAGUCGCUUUCGACGAAGAACACGAUUGUGAACCCUGGCUCUGGCAGCCCGAACUACCUCGCCUACAACGGCAACGGUGCGUAG